AACCAAUAAACAAAUAUCGUGUUUUUGUGAAAACGUGCGUGGGUCUAAAUUAUGGAAUCUGCUAGUUUUUCCGAAGAACCUUUUGAGAUUACUGAAGCUGCUAACGCUACUGUUACCAAUUUACUGCCCGCGAGGUCCAAAAAAUUGUAUGAAGCAGCAUACCACAGUUUUAAAGAUUGGUGCCUACAAAAAAGUGUGAAGACUUUUUCCGAAAAUGUCAUGUUGGUUUAUUUUAGCGAAAAGGCUAAAAAUUAUAAGUGUUCCACGGUGUGGGCGCAAUAUUCUAUGGUGAGGUCUUGCAUGCUCAUAUAUGACAACAUCGAUAUCAGUAAAUUCCGCAAACUGGUAUCAUUUCUAAAAAGAAAUUCAGAUGGGUAUGCUCCCAAAAAAUCAAAGAUAUUAAACAGAGAAGAGGUGAAAACAUUUUUGUCUGAAGCUGACGAUGAUGCCCAUCUAAUGCGAAAGGUUGUGUUAAUCUUCGGAAUAAGUGGUGCAUGUCGCACUGACGAAUUAGUUAAUCUAACCACGCAUAACGUUAACGAUAUGGGAUCUUCCUUCAUAAUUACGUUACCAUUUACCAAAAACAAGACAUCUAGAACCUUCGUAAUAACAGGAAACAUAGAUGGUACAGAUUUUCUUCAUUUAAUUCGCAAGUACGCAGCACUAAGACCUGAAACAAUACAACAUCAACGAUUUUUCAUUUUUUACAAGAAUGGAAAAUGUACGACUCAGCCUGUUGGCAAGAAUACGCUUGGCAAAGUACCAUCAACGAUUGCAAGUUUCUUAAAGUUACCAAACCCCCAACUAUAUACGGGACACUGUCUGCGCCGAUCGUCCACUACCCUAUUAGCGGACGCGGGUGCUGAUAUUACCACUAUAAAGCGGCACGGUGGGUGGAAAUCUACAACUGUUGCGGAAAGUUAUAUUGAAAACUGUAUCGCCAAUAAAAUUAAUAUUGCUAAUCGGAUUAAUCAAGGGGAUAGUUGUAGUUCUAAUAUCUGCAAUGUCAUACCAGAAACCAGUUCUUCUGAUUCAAAUAUGUUGAUCAAUACCACCAAUUAAUUUCUCAA